AUGUAUCCUUAUAGAUAUUUGCAUUAAUUAUUUGGUAAAUUAAUAUUGAGCUACCAUUUGCCAGAUUAUACAAGUUAUAUUCGUACAUUAAAAACACCUUAACAUCCGAAGGUAGUAAUAUUUGGUAACAGCGAAAGAGUUUAUGAAUUAAUAAACAAGUAAUUUCUUGGAUUUAAACAUGUCAAUGGCGUUGAAUUUGAACAUAAAGAGGAUUUUACUUCAGCUGGUGAAAUAGCAAAUAACCUUAUCUAAGCUGAAAAUGGUUACGACCUCGGAUCUUUAGUUACUGAUUAUCCCACGAACUUAAAAUAAGCCGAAAGACUUGAUGUUUUAAUUGAUGGAGUGAAUUUGGCAUUAUAUCUUAAAGAUCCGACUGAUUAGGUUACUUAAUAAAGGCAUUAAGAAGCAAUUUAAUACUAUUAAAAAACAGGAGCUUUAGUUGAAUUCUAAAUUGACCCUUAAGAAAAUUUAGAAGAAUAAGCAAAAAAAUUAUAAAUUUUAGUAACAAAUGAAUACAAGCAUUGAUUUAUUAAAUACGAAAAAAAUUAGAUUAAAUAAAAAAAAUAUAUAUUUUAUAUAAGGAAUAAUUUUAUUUAGAAUAAAAAAAUAUGUUAAAAUAUUG